UGAAGAAUAGCAACAGUUGCAUGCAACGAACCAACUAUACCCAAACCCUUUUAGAACACUCAUACCGGUACUUACUUUUUGUCUUUAGCAGUUUUAAUAUGUAGACUCUACCACAGUACAGGUGGCGGACAGAACUGGAGACAGACGCGCGUUGCAGAGGAAUCCACUCUUGAUCUGAGGAAUAUCGUUUUUGUAAAAGUGAAAGCAGUAGAAAGAGAAAGCUGUGUUGCUCAUCAGGCGCGAAGCUCUGCCUUAAAUGGGCAUUGAGCACCCUUCGGGCCGUGGCAGUGGAGCUCCGGAUUACAUAAAAGGUUACAAGUGUUAAUUGCUUCAACGCAUAAGAAGUAGAAUGCUUGCUGAGGCCACGAGUACACUUCGCGUAUUCACUGUUCUACUUUGCUUGGUGAACCUCAUUGUACAUUGUGUGAAUGGUGAUUAUGAGUGUGCAGAAACCAACGCGCUUCUUGUCCUUCCUAAUGGCCAAACUGCUCAAACAUACCCCAAUGCAUCUAGAACAUGCAUGGAAAUGGGUGGAUUGCUUCCGUCUCAUACAUCUCUGAAAUGCGUGAAAGCAUACUUGAAGAAGGAUCAAACAAUUCCCUAUUCCUGGUUGCGAGGAGUAAUUGGGGGAGAGGCAUAUGCAAGCGAUGGUUGGACCUAUCACCUUACGUUGCAUCCUCGUCCAUUCUAUUGUUCACUCCCCAUUAUGGAAUGCAAGGGGAAUCGAACUACUCUCUUCGUGCCACCCCAUGCACCAAAAAGGAACCGCUCUAGUGCUGCGGCGCUUUGCAAGUCAUUGGGCGGUCAACUUCCUGCUUCAACACAAUGUCUUCGUAACAUCCUAAUAGCAUUACAAUCGCCAACGAAUACCUGGACCUCACAACCAGGGGUUAUUGAGUACAAUACUCGACGGCCAGAGGUUUUUGAGAGAACUACUCGAGUAGUUCCUGACAAUCCUCCAUCCACUAUUGCUAGCUUUCUUUGCCAGCGGCAUGCUCUAUGCUAUGAGACAACUGGCGAUGGGUUUCAGAUGGUCCUGCCUGGUAAUCUGUUGGUCUGCCAGCCAGGCUACUCUCGCUUGGCUCCAUCGUACUCUAUUGGGAUCAAGAGCUGCAUCAACAGAAAUCCAAACUGGUUGGGAAUUUGUCAUCCAUGGCAGCAAUGUACUCAGUCAGAAGGUUAUAUUGCUGCUCCUAGUGAGCUACUCCUGGACAACAGUAAUGCAACCUACUCCAAUGCGCAAGCAACGUGCUCGGUGUUAGGAGGGAGACUCCCUUCGGCCGAGGAAAGUAGUUGUGCCAAGAAGUACCUUAGUGGUAUUUUGGAGCGCUUUGGCCCAACACAUGUGUCUGAUGUAUGGAUCCAGUCCAAUAGUGCCGAGCAGAGCAGUGGCACAAAGAAUGUUCUCUGCUUUUUUUCACAGCAGCGUUGAUCACACAGGAUCCAUGUGCUGUGCAGACUCCAAUAAUUACUUCGAAGUAGUUUACAGUAGUGAUCGGGACUGGCAAUAUUGGAUGCCGCUUGCCACCAUCAACCGGAGCUGGCUAUUUUAAUGGCUAGCUGUUCAGUUGGCAUGAUUGCAAAAUUGGAAUCUACAUUGCCAUAUGUGUGAUCUUCCUGACUCUGUACAAUCCAUGCUGGUGCACCUAACAGAAAGGGUGCAGCUUUAUUAUUGUGGAUUGUUUACCAGGUUGGGUUUUAGUACUUUUCACAAUACCUUUUUCCAGCCAGAACGUCCCUUCUUAGUCUGUGUCUCUCGGAUCUUGACCUCUGUCUUGUCACAAGUGCCAAUUCGGUUAAUUCCACUGAAAUUUAGCCUGAUUGCUCCAAUCUCUUCAACUCCUAUUUUUAAUUUUUAUUUAAAACUCAGCAUAAGCGAAAUCAUCAAUCAUUUGAUUGACAACUUGAUGACGCGAAAUGCAAAUAUGUUAAUUUAAAUCUCAAGUUCUCAAGGUGUUAUGCAAUCAAAUUCUGUUAGGAGAAGUUCUGAGGCUU